CAGAGUUUCAACUACCUCAAUAAGUAGUGUGCAAGAUGGUGAGACAACCAUAUCUGAAGAAAGGAACAUGGAGUCAUGAUGAAGAUCAGAAGCUGAUUGCUUAUAUUAGGAAAUAUGGGAUUUGGAAUUGGAACGAAAUGCCCAAAUUCGCUGGGUUGCAAAGAUCAGGGAAGAGUUGCAGACUACGUUGGAUGAAUUACUUGAGACCUAAUAUAAGGCGUGGAAACUUCAGCAGGGAAGAAGAAGAAACCAUAAUCCACCUGCAAAAGACGCUAGGAAAUCGGUGGUCAGCAAUAGCAGCAAGGCUUCCACAAAGAACAGACAAUGAUAUAAAAAACUACUGGAACACUCGCUUGAAGAAGCGAGUAAUAGUGGAGAAAAAGAAUUCAUCAUCAGCAACUACAGAAACCAAAUCUAGUAUGGAGGAGAAUUCGUCUGAUGCUGAUUCCUCAAUGAUGGUGGAUAUUUUGUUGGACUAUCAGAUUCCUACAAUGGAUAGUUUCCCAGAACUAGCUGCCGAUACUACCAUUUCUCUAUCAGACUGCGACAUUAGUGUGGCAGUUGAUGACCACUAUAGCAUGGCUAUGGACAACAAUUUAGUUUCAUCUGAAAACUAUUGGGAAAUUGAGAAUCUUUGGGGGCAGUUAUUGACGAUGGAAGGUUUGGACUGUGAAGUAAUGUCACCAAAUUCUCAGCUGUGGCUCCAUGAACCCAUAUAUGUAUGUGAUUCAUACUAUGACCCUGUGGUUGAUUUAUGGAUCAAUCCAUUUAUUUAGUACUGCAUACAGUGACGCCGAUCGACCCCUCCCCUUGCAUGA